CAUCUGGAAGCGUUUACUGCUGCUGUUGAGUCGCUCAGAAACUAAGUCAGGUUGAGUAGAGAACCACUGCCAAAGAGAAGAUGUCUUUUAUAAAAGUUGAUGCAGCGUCUGAUUUCUCGUUCCACAACCUGCCUUAUGGUGUAUUCUCAUCACCGGACAAGCCCAAACAUCGUAUUGGUGUUGCCAUUGGAGAACAAAUUCUGGACCUCAGUGUAAUAAAGUCCUUGUUUCAAGGACCUGUGCUUUCCAAACAUCUGGAUGUCUUUGAAGAGCCCACACUGAACGCAUUCAUGGCUCUUGGUUACGAGGCCUGGAGGGAGGCCAGGAAGACGUUGCAGGUGUUGCUGUCAGCCAAUGAUAGCACACUGAGAGAUGACAUCAGCCUUCGGAGCAGAGCAUUUGUACAUCAGAGCACUGCCACUAUGCACCUUCCUGCAAACAUCGGCGAUUACACUGACUUCUACUCCUCCAAAGAUCACGCCACCAACGUCGGCAUUAUGUUCCGGGGAAAGGAGAACGCUCUGAUGCCAAACUGGCUGAGGCUUCCAGUGGGGUACCAUGGCAGAGCGUCAUCCGUGGUUGUGUCUGGGACCCCAAUUCGCCGCCCCUCAGGCCAGAUGAGACCUGACCAGACAAAACCUCCAGUGUUUGGGCCGUCUAAGCAGAUGGACAUUGAGCUGGAGAUGGCCUUCUUUGUUGGAGGAGGGAAUCAGCUCGGGGAGCCCAUUCCCAUCCAGAAAGCCCAUGAACACAUCUUUGGCAUGGUACUGAUGAAUGACUGGAGUGCCAGAGACAUUCAGGCAUGGGAGUAUGUUCCUCUGGGUCCAUUCUUGGGCAAGAGCUUUGGGACAACAAUCUCACCUUGGGUCGUCCCCAUGGAGGCACUGUUGCCUUUCGCAGAGCAGAACCCUAUCCAGGAUCCAGAGCCCCUCCCCUAUCUUCAACACCAAGAUCCUUACAUUUUCAACAUUGACCUGCUUGUGAAACUAAAAGGAGAGGGCAUGGCAGAAUCAGCAGCCAUCUGCAAUUCAAACUUUAAGUACAUGUACUGGACCAUGAAACAGCAGCUCGCUCAUCACACAGUCAAUGGCUGCAAUGUCAGAGCAGGAGAUCUGAUGGCUUCUGGUACUAUCAGUGGACCUGAUGCGGAGAGUUUUGGAUCCAUGCUUGAGCUUUCAUGGAGGGGAUCUAAGACUAUCAAUCUGGGAGGAGGAGAGAGCCGAACCUUCCUGAAGGAUGGAGAUGAAGUCACCAUCACAGGUCACUGUCAAGGAGAUGGGUACAGGGUGGGCUUUGGACCCUGCGUGGGAACCAUCGUGCAAGCCCUGCAACAGUGAAACACUGAUAUUGUUACUCAUUUGUUUUCAAAUCCUUUUAUAGAGAAUAUAUACUGGAAGAUCCAAACUAACACCACUACAGCAUCUCUCCGAGCUCUGAUCCUCGUGACUUGGGCUGGGAGACUUUCCAUUUAAUUGAGUUUUUUUUUUAUAUGAAUGAUCAAAUUUAAAUUCCUACCAAGACUGAUCUUUGCAUUUGCGCCUAUUCUCAUUAAAGACAUACAUCUAGGCUAAAUGUAUGGUGCCAGAGAAUAUGCUAACGAUGACACCUUUGUAAUACCUAACCUCAUUUUUCUACUCGAAAUUGUUGGACCUCUAAACCUAAAAAAUAUUGAGUAACAUGUUUUAGUUCUUUUGUAUUUGACAAAAAUAUUCCCUUGAUGGAUGUAAAAGCGGUUUUGUUAGGGAAAAUUCUGAGAAGCGCAAAAUUGUCAAUGGACAUAUGACAUAUGAUUGAAUCAUUAAGGAUCAAAUUGAAACCUGUGCUGAUAUCUAGCCCUAUCAACCAAUUCAUCACAAACACACAUGCUGAGCUCCUAUCAGAUUCAUUGUAUGCUCGGUAGAGUUGUAUUCUAUAGUUGUUAAGUUUUUCUCCCACUUCAGUGUUACUGCUGUACCAGGAUCAGUAUUAUUGGUUUUCUAUGUGAGUGAUUUAUAAUGAAAUAAUAAACAUCAUUGUUUUUG